AUGCAGCAGCGGCGUUACACGAACGCUGAGCGCAAGGCGCUCCUUAAGAAGUUUCAUGUGUCCGUCCUCAACGACAACCAGUGUUGCCAACAGCACGCCAAUCACUCCAGGGACGUGGAAAGGAUCGCGAGCGAAAGAAGCGAAGAUUCUGGCCAGCCGCCGCCAUGGCCGCUUGGCAACACUGGGCGGCCAGGGGCGGAAGUCAUUGUUCCCCUUCAAGGACGACCUGCUGGGAAGGAACUUCUGGUGUCCAUGGCCGAGCACGCCGCACGCCAAUCGAGCUUGGUCGUAAACUGA